UUUUCGACACUACCGAAAUAAAAAUGUGGUCUAUUGGAUUGUUCUUCACCAUCUUGAAGAACUGAUCGUAGCAGUAAUGGAGGCCACCGCUCUCUUCAGAAACUUCAGACCCAUCAAUUUCAAGCUGCCCAAAUCCACCCCCCUUCGUUGCUUUUCCAUUUCUUCCUCUCCCCCAACAAUUCUCACAGGUAAAGAAGGAAAGGUGAAGAGGGCAUAUGACGGAUUAUUGUUAGACGCCGGUGGAACACUCCUACAAUUGGCGGCGCCGGUUGAAGAGACUUACUUCACAAUUGGCCGAAAAUAUGGUCUCUCUCUCCCGUUUUGGAAACUCGUUGUCUCAGAAGCCACCGGCUUUGACAAUUCAAAUUACUUUGAAGAAGUUUAUCGAGGUUGUAUUCAUUAUGCCAAUGGAGAUGCAUGGCAUCUCCCUGAAGGAGCUUACGAAACAAUGCUAUGUCUCAAAGAUUCCGGAGUUAAACUAGCUGUUGUAUCGAACUUUGAUUCUCGUUUGAGGAAGCUACUGAAGGACCUUAAUGUAUUACAUCUGUUUGAUGCUGUCAUAAUAUCCUCGGAAGUUGGAUACGAAAAACCGGACGAUAAAAUAUUUAGAGCUGCUUUAGAUGAGAUCUCGGUAGACGCCAGCAAAGCAGUUCAUGUUGGAGAUGAUAUAAAGGCUGACAAGGCGGGAGCUAAUGCCGUUGGAAUCGACUGCUGGUUAUGGGGUACGGAUGUGAAGAACUUCGCAGAUAUACAGAAUCGCAUCCUUCAAUCAGAGUCGUAAAGUACAAGCAAAUCCUGGAAAUCCAGUUUUGAAUCACAAUGAAUAAAAGAAUACUAGGAUCUAACUUUAGGCCUAUAUUUUCUAUUUACAUGAAAUUCACUUUUAAUAAUUGGGUGUAUUUCUUAGAAAUCCCUGUUGUAAUGUACAAGUUCUUGAAUUUUAUCCAGUUA